AUGGGAUGUUGCAGUGCGAAACCUGUUGGAACUCGGAAAAACUUCGAACAUGGGGCUGAGAGGUCUAGCCUCUUUAGCCCUCAUGUGCCAGCAGAUGAAGUCGAAACGACCUGUGAGCCUUGCGCACGUUCUUCCUUCGAGACCUGGGUCGCUAAGGAGGAUCGGAAGGACAGUAUUCAUCCUGCACCACCUGACCGCUUUUCGCAUGACUGCCAUGUGAAGGCUCUUGACAAGUUCUUGACGAAAGUGGAUGGCUCGCCUCAUAGGUUCGAAGAGAUUGUGGAUAUCUAUCGAGGCAAAUCAGGCUUUAAGGAUGACAUCCAGGAUGGAGCUUCGAAGAUCCGCCAUUGUGAGCCAUGGUCCAUCCGCGCACCGAAAAUCCGGUGGCGCCAACAGGCAAUUCUGGUGCCAUUGUUUGGAGCACUUGCUGCACUGGCUCGAGGGCAAUACUUGGAGAAGAUUCAGCAGCUCCUUCUUAUAGCCUUCCAGCAUGGUAAGGAGGAAUUGGACAAGAACUACCAACUGCUGAUUUACGAGGACGUGGAGAAGAAAGGUCAGAAGCGAAAAGCCGUGGAUUUCUUCACAGUGGAUGGAACCAGGGAGGACGGGCAACAUCCACGACGCCUGUGCCUGUGGUGCUUCUCCUGUUCAGUGGCCAUGAAUGAUCUCCAAAAGCAUGAGGUGCACAGCGUGAUCAUAACCUCAGGCACUUUGUCACCAAUGAACAGCACUGCAGAAGCCUUCGGCGUCCCCUUCCCGGUGGUCUUGGAGAAUCGCCAUGUAAUUGAUCCAAGUCGACAGCUCUUCGGAGCUUUGCUGUCGCAGGGGCCCAAUGAGGUUUCCCUAGAUGCCGCCUUUAGCCAUCGCAGUGAUGUGGGAUAUAUCAAGGAGCUCGGAGCAACGGUGAAGCGCCUCGCUGGAAGCGUACCUGAUGGCUUGUUGCUUGCCUUUUCGUCCUACAGCAUGAAAGAUUCUGUCUUGGAGGCCUGGCGCCAGCAAGGCAUUCUGCAGGACAUUAGCACGGAGAAGCCUGUCUUUGAAGAACCCAAGGGGAACCACGAAACCAAGCAGAUGAUGGAGAAGUACAACGGGGCGCUUUCAGGCUCUUCUGGUGCCAUCCUGGCUGCGGUAUGUCGCGGGAAGCUCUGCGAAGGUAUUGAUUUUACGGACAAACAGUGCCGGAUGGUGGUGAUGGUUGGGAUUCCGUAUCCCGCCAAGAACGACCUGCGCGUAAUUUUGAAACAGGAUUUCCUGAAUCUUCAAGCACAAGGCCAAGGGCAAUGUUGGUAUCAUCGUGAAGCCAUGCGUGCGGUGAACCAGACAUUGGGUCGAGUAAUUCGACAUCGAAAGGACUAUGGUGCUGUGAUCCUAUGUGACGCUCGUUUUUCGCGCUCUUUGUCUGGUCUAUCCAGUUGGUUGCGGCCACAGGUUCGCCCCAGGACAUUGGAGGCUGCAGUGCAGGACUGUCGACGCUUCUUCGGACGGCCCAUUCUCUUGCGCGAAGCGGAUCAAGGCGUGACACCGGUGACGACGCCGCCCUCAACUGCCACGGCCACGGCCACCGCCACGGCCACGGCCACGGCCAGCGCGGGGCGCAAGAAGGAGGCCUUGGAGCGAGCCAAGGAGAUUUGGAGGACUGGCCGCACGCCAGGUGACGGAGCUGCAAAACCUCGCCGUGCAAAGCCGGCGACCCCCCAGGUGACAACUGCCAAGAGUGGACAGCUUGAGUCACACAUGAAGAGUCCCUUUCAGCCAGUACGCCCAGUAAAGGAGGCAGAGUGGCUGCAGAGUGCAGCCACUUUAUUGCCUCAAAUGGUGAUGAUGGAGUUGAAGAAGCACCUAGAAGUCCUCUGGAGCGCAGACGUGGAUGGGGAUGGAACUUCGACGAAACUCGAGGAGGCGCUGCGUGAGUGCGCACUCUGUCUUCUGCCAGCCAUGAAUUUCGACAAUUCUCAGGAGGCACGACGUCGUGAACUCUUGACACAGAGCUUUCCAACUCUGCUACCAAAGUCCUUGCGCAACUUAUGGCGACAAGAGGUCAUCGAGGUGUGA